CGGACCACAUCAGCAGAAGUACAAGAAAUAAGAAAUUAAUAAAUCGGCAUCAUGGAUGACCGGACGAUAGAUUCGAUUUUCAUGGGCUCCUUGAAUUCCCUGCCCCCCGUAAGCUCGAAAAUCGUUCGUAUAUUUACCAGCUCAACAUUCACGGAUACAACCAUGGAGAGAAACACUCUGAUGGCCAAAUGUUAUCCCCGAAUUAAAGAUUAUUGCAGAGAGAAGCACGGUCUGGAAUUUCAGGUCGUCGAUAUGCGUUGGGGUGUGCGUGAUGAAGCGACGGAUGAUCAUAUGACCACAGAGUUGUGUAUGAGGGAAAUUAAGAAUUGCCAACGUCUUUCGAUGGGUCCCAACUUUAUUGUGUUUUUGGGUCAAAAAUACGGAUAUCGUCCCAUACCUACAUACAUCGUUUCGUCGGAAUUGCAGUUAAUAAGCGAAGAGUUGACCUCAAUGGGUGUAGACAGAGCACUUCUCGACUUGUGGUACAAGAAGGACAGUAAUGCUGUCCCACCUAUUUCAGUUUUACAACCGAUUUCAUCGAUUUUGAUCAAUUUCAACAAUAAGCGUGUGCCCAAGCUGCAAGCUGAAGAUCAGGCAGUCUGGUGGGAUACCUUAAACAAAAUGCAAAAACUGUUACGAAAAGCUGCCGCAUCGUUGGGGGCUAGCAAUAAAAUGUCUAAAGACGAUGUUCACAACUAUUUUAUGUCUGUAACCGAACGUGAGGUAAUCAACGGUGUCCUGAAUGUGAAGAAUACAAAAAACCAUUGUUUGGCCUAUGUGCGGUAUAUCAAUAAUAUAAAUCUACAAAAUCUUAAGAAGGCCUCCCUUUUUGUCGACAUAAUCAAUCGCAGUCUGGACACAGAGUCGGCCAAAUUGCUUGGCGAUUUAAGAGACACACGUUUACCCGGUAAAAUUGAGGCCGCCAAUAUGCAGAAAUAUACUGUCGAAUGGAUUGGACGCGAGGGUCUGGACAUUGAGACCCAUGAGGAGUAUUUGAAUCAUUUCAUUUCCCAUUUCUAUAAAAAUGUUGUUAAGCUCGUCGAUCGCGCAAUGCGCAAAGAAGAUUCCUCCGCCCAGGGUCAGAUAGUAACUGAGAUCCUUCAGCAUUUGCACGCUUGCAAUAAUUCGGUUAAAAUCUUUUACGGACGCGAAGACAGUUGCGAACGUAUCAAGCGCUAUAUGCUGGGGGAUUCAGAUAAGCCAUUGGUCCUUUUUGGCGACGGAGGCUGCGGCAAGACAUCGCUGCUAGCGAAGAGCGCUUCGCUAGUGGCCAGUGAAUGGUUCGCUCAUGCCAGACCCAUAAAUGUAAUCCGCUUUCUCGGUACAACACCAGAUUCGAGUGCCUUGACGGCGACAUUGAUUUCGAUUUGCCAGCAGAUUUCCUACAACUAUAUGCUACCAUUUGAGAACAUACCCGAUGAUCUUGUACCCUUAACAGCACACUUUAAGCAAUUACUAACUUAUGCCAGUGCAGCUCAACCGCUGACCUUGUACUUAGAUUCGGUUGACCAAUUGACCGGUACACAAGAUUCGAAUAAGGUAUCCUGGAUACCGACGCGUUUGCCUCCACAUUGUAAGAUCAUAAUUUCGUGCGCCAAUGAGCCGGCGAAUCCGACUGUUUCUCAUGAAUAUCACGUCCUUUGCAAAAUGAUUGACGUGGAGGAAAACUUUAUUGAAGUGACAGCCCUUGGAGAGGAGUUAGCCAUCAAUGUCAUUAAAAUGUGGAUGAAGACGGCGUGUCGCGAUCUUAACAAUUACCAGUGGCGCUUGGUAGCCAAUGCCAUAAGCAAAUGCUCGUUGCCCAUAUUCGUGAAACUGGUAUUUGCCGAGAUAUGUCGAUGGCGCAGCUAUACUCGUCCACAGGAAACACAUUUGGCAAAUACGGUGAUGGAUUCCAUAAUGCUACUGUUCGAGAGAGUGGAGAAACAACAUGGUCGCAUAUUGGUCUUUCAUGCCUUGGCUUACAUAACGGCCUCCAAGUCGGGAUUGUCGGAAAGUGAACUUGAGGAUCUUAUCUCCCUUGAUGACAAGGUGCUGGACGAUGUCUAUCAGUAUCAUAUGCCGCCGGUGCGACGUAUUCCGCCAUUACUUUGGACCCGCAUCCGGAACGAUUUGCCAAACUAUCUCAGUGAACGCGAAGCGGAUGGGGUUAAUGUGAUGAAUUGGUAUCACAGGCAAUUCCGGGACACGGCCAAAGAGCGUUAUUUCAAGAACAUGAAUAUGGCAAUAUAUUUUCACUCCAUGAUUGCAGACUAUUAUCUUGGUAUAUGGGGUGGAGGUGUUCCCAAACCAUUUAAGUUUACCGAAAUUCAGCGUCAUCGUUUCGGUUUGGCCGAUAAAGAGGGCUCGGCGGAUCGUAAAGUGCCAAUACAACCAUUGGUCUUUACCAGUAAGGAUGGACUCUCUAAGCGUUUUAAUUUACGCAAAUUUGGCGAGCUGCCGUUUCACUUUGUGCGGUCGCGACGCUUUAAGGAUCUGUUUGAGCAUGUCCUCUUUAAUUAUGACUGGCUGCAUGCAAAGCUCUCAAGUUGUCCGCUUCAAGCUGUGCUGGCUGAUUUCGAAGAUGCCUCUACCAAUACAGAAGAUAAAGAAUCCAAGCGCGAACUGAUGUUGGUGGCUGAUGCCUUGCGAUUGGGCGGUGCCAUUUUGGCAAUGGAAAGUGACAUGUUGGCUCCGCAGCUUAUCGGACGUCUUCUGCCUGAGAUUGGAGGUAAUCCAAAUAUUAAAAUGCUGCUUCGCGCCUGUGACCAUUGUGGUCCCAAGGAUUGUGCUCUAAUACCGGUCAAUCAUUGUCUGCACACUCCAGGCGGUCCGCUCAAGUACUCUUUGGAGGGUCAUCAGUUUGCGGUAUUUGCAUUUUGCCUAACAAGCGAUAUGCGUUACAUGGUCUCCAUAUCCACACACUUUAUAACAUUUGAUCUGUCCACUUCCGAUCUGACACGUGAUGUUAACCCUGGCAUUGAGGGAAUUAUGCAGCAAUUGGUACUCAGUCCCGACAACAAAUGGGCAGCGGCCUAUUCGAACAACAAUCAAACUGUUUUGCUCAAUAUGCUCUCCAGUGAAUUCGUAGUGAUCAACAGUCCUUUUGAAGAUGCUGAUGGACCAGUAAGCGGAUUACAUUUACUUAACCAAAGCCUCUUUAUCACUUGCAAGUUGUGUUGGGCUCAAUUCGAUAUGCGAGGAAAUUUAGUGAAUACCUUUCAGGUACCUGGAGAGAAUGACAAUUGGGAGAUAUUGACCAUGGAGUUCUUUAGUCCCACAGACUACAAUGCGAUCUUCUGGUCGGGAUCGAUUAAUGAGAUGCGUUUGCGUCUGGAUUCCUGUCGUACUGACAAUUACUCAAAUUCUCAGCAAUUUUUUAGCGCUCUGGUCAUGAACAAGGACCGGUCCAAAGCCUAUGGCUGUGCCAAUGAGGAAAAUUUUGAGGUUUCCGUUUACGAUUUCAUUGAGAAAGAAGACAGCGGUGAAAUACGUUGGACAAUGGCUGAGAGUUUGCCACGCUUCGAAAAUGAUGAUAAGGAAAUGUUGCUUCAACUGCGCUUGGAUCAACAUGAUCGAUUGCUACUGGGCACCGCGGGCAAGGGCUUUGUCAUUUGGGACUUGACAGGUAGCAAUGAAAAUCCCAGCACAAAGCUAACGGAAGGCGCCUUGUAUUUAGCCUUGCCACAUGGUGUACGCAACAUCACCACACGAAUUAUGCAAUCCAAUUCGAUAAUGGUUAGCUCCAAGCUAGACUAUGCUGUAGCUGGCGUCCGCAAGAAUCUGUAUGUCUGGUGCCUAGUCACUGGACAAUUGGCCAAAGUCCUUGAUGCACAUUUCGGUCGCAUCAUUCAACUGGAACCCCUUACUAUUGGCAACUGGAACAAUUUGGUCACUUCGUCCAUAGAUCGGUCUGUAAAAGUGUGGAAUAUUAAUAACAUAUUUGAAAAGGUCCAUGUCAUUGAUCGUCAUGAGCUGCAGAUAGACGACAUUAGUUUAUCAGAAAUUGAUAUUGCAGUGACAGUUACACGCAGCUGUGUGGGAGUCUGGGAAACCAGAUCCGGUCGUCUACUGGCCAAACUUGCAGAUAGUCCACUAGGCGCCAUUGUGACACAUGCCGAAAUAACGCCAGAUGGACGUUACAUUAUAUCAUCGGAAACAGGAAAGUUUCUCAUUUGGAAUCGUGUGUCUGAACAGGUUGUCUACCGUGACGACCAGCCGGGCAUACAACAGAUAACUCUAAUGGAUUAUGGUUACAAGGUGCUUACCGUAUCCGUACCGAAUAUCAAUCAAAGAGACAUCAUUGCGGCGGCAGCUGGAGCAGACGAAACGAACCGACUGACGGCUGUAACAACUGUGCGAUCAGUUCCAGAGGGCACGAUACUAUUUCGUUUUGAUUUUCCGAUACGCAUGCUAACUGGAAUGCCAUUCCGACAAUCGGUCAUAUCAGCGGACAAUGCUUAUAUUAUUGUGGUUACUGUCGAUAAGUCGAAUAAGGAUUGCUUGGCCGUUUACAGCGCUACCAAUGGUGCUUUUGUCUCUAAAAUCCUACUUAAAGGCUGUGCCAUUAAAGAGGUUUUCUCGCUGGUUCCAAUGCCCCACAAGGCAAAUCAGGUGGCGGUAAUAAGCAGCGAAAAAGGAAGCGUCAUGGACAUCAAGACCAAAAAGCAUGUGCGUUCUAUUGCAAAAUGGGGCGGUAGUAUUACCCGCGAUGGCAAAUGCGGGCUAUAUGCCCCAACACGUGGAGGUCUGGAGAUGCUGGAAUUGCGUAAGGGAACUACAGUAAAGACCUUCAUACCAAAGGUGGCGGAGGGUGUGUUCUCGGUAAUCUGCAUCUUUACGGAAAACGACGAGUAUGUGGCUUAUUAUCAUAGCGGCAGGAAAACUAUACGGGUCUUUCGCACCGUCGACACUGAAAUGAUCGCCAACUAUAAACUACAGGCCGAGUUAACAGCGAUCAAAAGCAGCAAGGAUGGACGAGCCAUUGUCCUGGGUACUGUUGAUGGGUGCAUGUCAGUGCUCGCUAUUGCCGAUCCCAAAAAAGAGGAAAUGAUCGACUAUCUAAAUGAGUUGCCCUCUCGUGAUGAAAACUGGAAGGCCAAGCUGGCUAAAAUGAAAGCGCGGGUGGGCUUCAAAGCGGCCAUACGUGUGGCUACCAUAUCGUCACGCUACUCCAAACCCGCUAAAGGUGAUGGCGAUGAAGAAGAGUUACUCACUGAAAUCACUGAGGAUGUGGUACCAGUGGCCGAUUAGUUGAAUUAUAA